GGCGCGCGGACUGCGAGGAAGCUCCCCUCGGAGCGCACGAGCUAACAAAAGAGUGAAAACACCGCGCGGACCUUCUUUAACCGGACUUUGUUUUUUGUUGUCUCUCCCUUUGUUUUUGUUCUGCGCGCUCGGGGCGGCUCGGCUCCUCCUCCACUCUCGGACCUGCUCGCCUUCUGCCCGGGAGAAAGGCUCUUUUCAGUUCUGACUCGUUUCGUCCUCCGGAGGAUCGUCUACAUCGUCGGCUUCUUCAUUCUCUUUUGCUGGACUUCUGAUUCUUUAGGACGGAUUUUCAAAGCGUUUUCAACGUGUUUAGUCUUUAACCGCGCGCCUCAAAGGCGCAGGAUUGACCAUGUCCAGGCGGUCAAACCGGGCCGGCCGCCCAGCCUUCUUAAAGGAGCAGGGGGAGAGCGGUCAGAGCGGCGGAGCAGCCUCCUCCCGGGCCGCCGAGCAGUGCGAGCAGCCUGAGCCCGGCGAGGGGGACCCGUUUAGGGGAGGGAUUGCGAUGCCUAAUAGCCUUCUGGGUUACCAGUCGCGCUCGCCGCUCUUCCGAACCCUCUCCAGGUCCUCCAGCGGAUAUUUCUCGUUCGACAGCGAGCCCAGCUCUCCGCUCGUGACGCACAGCGCGUCCACACAGACCCCCAGCCCGUCUAGUCAAGUGAUCACUCACGCCCUGCAGCGCAUUGCCGAGGCGCGAGGGGACGCUCAGAGUUUCGAAUUAUGGCCCCCCUAUAACCACCAUCCGCCCCACGGAGCAGCGCCUGCGGGGGACAUGCGACCGGAGUCGUACGUGGCGCAAGAGCUGCGGCGCAUCGGCGAUGAGUUCAACGAGCUUUAUUUUCAGGGGGCAGGCAGAAAUGGGGGCAGAGUCCAGCUGCUGGCGGAGGAGGAACCCGCCUUCAUGCUGUGGAUGGGGCUCGUGAUCGGACGGCUAUUACAGCUCCUCCUAAGAAGAAGAUGAUAGGGACCCAGUGGACCCAGCAGACCGAUGUAGCACCAUGUAAAUAUUGUACCAAAACCAUCAGCAGAACUCGCUCUACUCUCGCUCUCUCUGGGUUUCUUCUCCUUCACCUCUGGAACUGACUGCGUUUCCUCUUCUGACUUCGACAUUCCCCGUCCAGAGAGGGCUACGGAUCUGGACGCUCUGGGACUGAGUGGGAAUUCUGGGACAAAACCUGGAAUCCGCAAUGUUUCCUGCGUCAAUGUGGAAAGCUGAGCCAUUAAAACACUGGAUAGGGAAGGCUGGACCAGCUUGUCUCUGUCUCUGGAGUUUUUCCCAAACGGAGAGGUGUGGAAAACGUGCCUUCGUCGCCUCCGUGCCCUUAUCUUUCUCUGCAGUGUCCACUUGUUGUUUGGUUUAUUGGGUUUUAAUCUGUUUCGACUAGGUUUAAUCUUCCUUUUUUGUUUUUAAACCUCACAUAUGUUUUGUAUUUAUUUACCACUUUUGUAUUUAAGUUGUUUUGUUUUUUUGUUAUUAAUAUUGAAGUGGAUGUUAGUCAGUCAGCUAUAUUGUGGUUCUGCUCGCCCUUCAUCUCUCCAUUGAUUCACUGAAAAUUUGCACUUCUGUUUUUAAUUAUGUCUCACCUGAAGACCUCCAGGGGGGUCAAUGAUUUGAUUAAUAAUUAUCCUGACGAAUUCUCUAGAUGGGAAGUUUGUAAGCGCAAAGGAAGCCGGUAGGUCAGAAAGCGUAGAUGGCCUUUUUCAGGCUCUCAUUCAUUUCACCUUUCAUCUUGUCAGAAACGUUAUUCAGAGGAAGAAUUCAGCCUUUGGCAGGAGUGUGAUUUUCACACCACGUCGUCCGCCAGAGAAACGUUAGCCUUGGCUUGGUGCCCCCCUGCUUUGAUGCCAAAGUCAUUAAAUGCUGAUGGAGGUUAAGAAGCACGGUGCAGCUGUUUUUAUCCUCAGUGAAAAUGAAUGAGGAGCAGCGAGUGAAUGAAACAAGAGGACGGACGAGAGAUGAUUUUGAUGAACUUAAUUUGGCCUGUAGCGACAUUUUAGCCUCUCUAAUUCACGUGAGAAUAUUUUUAAAUGAAAAACAUGAUCAAUCUUGAUGCAUUUGGGCAUUUCAUCACUUUGAGGUACCAACACUCAGAGAUUAAAGGGCCCAUAACAUAGAAAACCAGAUUUUUCUCACUUUUAAAUUUAAAUAGGGCUGGCCUGAAUAUUUCCAGUAAUCGAGUAUUCAUUCAUUAUGUUGAGUCCAGUCAGACAGUCUGUCUCCUUGUGUGAGAUAAUGUUAUAGCACACCUGGCAAAAAGUGGGAUAUUAGGAUUAAAAUACAAACGAAAAGCUUGUAAAACGCUGUUCGGGCCAGCCCUGGAGUUUAAGGUCAUACGUAAAUAUUGUUAAUGUCGCAAAAUGUACCUUUCAGUCUCCACUGCAAAAACCAGCCCGUUUUUAAUUCACUGUCUCUGUGAUGUCACAAAAACUUAUCACAUUUGCAUAUGUCUGUAUGUGGGUCAUUCUACAGAAACGUCCACUUUUCUGUCUCUCCAUAGGAGUCACUGUUACUGAUCCUCAU